AUGGCCAAAUCCAAAUCCAAACAGGUCCAGGUACAUCAAGUCUUCGACAGUCGCUACUACGAUGGAGUAAAGAUGCAAAGAAUCCUUGAGGAUCUCUUUCCGGAGCGAAAAGGGAUUUUUGGGCUCCGUAUGACUAACGACCAGUGGGCUUUCUGGGCCCCGAGACAAGUGACCCGGAAUGAACUCGAGCUCGCUGAGAUUCCUCAAUCUCGAUGA